UCCAAAAGCUUCCGGGGCUUGUGGGCGCGACAGUGAAAUGGUGAAAGUUUGAAGACUUUUUAUCGACGUUACGCGUACCCGCUUAGCUUGACUGCGUGAAGUUUUCUUUCAAUCACAAGUUAUGUGUGCGACCGAGGCCUAGGUUCGACGGAAGUUCUAUUACUGAUUAACUAACGUGAGCGGAGUUGCUUGACGCCUUUUAGAUUGUUGGUUUCUGUGUAGCCCACAGAAUGGACAAGAAGGCUAGUACGCCUCUGAGAAACAUAAGAGCCCUGAGGACAAAAUUUGUGAACACUUCCUUCAAAUCUCCUAUGAAGGCAGCCACUGGCAGUCUCCCAGCUCCGGCAGAUAACCAGGAUCCUGAGAAGCUUAAAAAGGAGCUGGAUUCCUUGUUACUUAGAGAGAAAGAGCUUGAUGAACAGAUAACUUCUCUUGUUGAUGAAGGAUAUACAGUGGAGGAACUGGACUGGCAUGUUGAAAAGCUUCAUGAAUACAACGAAGUGAAAGAUGCAGCGCAGUUGGUGCUUGGUCAGCUUGCAAUACUGAAAGGUACCACCGUUCGAGAAAUGCACAAGGACUUCAACCUGCCAUUGGAUGACUGAUUGUGGGUGUACUUUCGAGCCAAAGCUCCAGGACAACACUGUACAUAUCCCCCUAAAAAUUUAUGAUGGAACACUGACUGAGAUCCACAUAGCCAUCCAAAUGCUUCAACACUGCUAGGGAGCUACAAUGUGAAACUGUGCCUUUUCCUGGUCUGUAUUUUCUUGUCACGGUCUUCAAAGCCUGGAGAUGUAGCUUGCAGGUGGUAUGAGCCUUCCUCGUCACUGCGAAAGAAGCCAUUAGCAGUCUACACAAACUAAAUCCAGUGUGUAACAGUUUAAGGUGGCAGUGUUGAUCCUUCAAGUUUUUUAAUGAUGCUGAUACUAUCACCUUUGUGCAAAUGUCAACAUCUAAGCACGAGAGUGUCUCCUCUGUAACUUCUUGUUUGCUUUUACGUGAAUAUUUGGACAACUGGUCUUCUUUUGUUCCCACACCCACUACAUAUACUAUUAAUUUAUUACCUGUUUUCUUGCUUCCAUGGAACGUUGGGGUGCAUGGGACAUGCCCUUACAUCAACAAGAUACUUGUUUUGCUUCUAUAUAAAAUGAGGCAUGUGUGUUUAUGCACUAGAGAUGUACAAAAUGUGCACACACACAUGCAUAACAGAGAUUCAAAAUGUUUUAUGAUUCCACAAGAUGUGCAUAAUAAAACACAUAUUUGGAAGUACAAAGUCCAAGUUUCCA